AUGGAUGCCAAGGUAUAUCUAAAAUCCUUUGGUUGGACAGAGGGAGAGGCUUUGAGAAAGGGUGGGUUGAAGAAGCCCAUUUUGGUGAAACACAAAAAGGACACCAAAGGCCUAGGGCAUGAUUCUAAUAAUGCUGACAUGUGGUGGGAGAAACUAUUUGACGGACAAUUGAAGAACCUAGAGGUAGAUAAUGGGAGUGGUGCAAAUGGAGUCUCAUUCAAACAUAAUAAUGAGACGGUGUUGAAGACUUUGAACAAAAAUAUGUCUCCUUUGUACCGAAUGUUUGUUAAAGGUAAGGGUUUGGAGGGCACCGUGGGGAAAAAAGACCAUACUAAAGUGGCACAUGUUAAAGAUUUGGCGAGCAAAGCAGCAGAAGAUAUGGAGAAAUUGACCAGCACUGUUCAGAAAAAAAGUAAAAAGGAGAAAGUCAAGACAACGACAAGGGUAGAUGCUGAAGAUGGAAAAACCAAAAAGGGAACGAAAGAAUCGAAAGAGAAACUAAAGAAGAAAAGAAGAAAGGAAAGCACAGAAAAGGAACUACGUACGGAUGGAAGUGAAAAGACCAAGAGCAAAAAACGAAGGAAGCAAGAAGAAGAAGAAGAAGAAGAAGAAGAAGAUGCAAGCGAUCGUGAAGCAAAGGUAUCAAAGGACAAAAAGAGGCGAAAGGACAAGAAGAAGGAAAAGAAGCGUGACCGGAAGGAGAGGAGAGAAGUUGAAUUGAAGGGAGAUGGUAAACGAUCCAAGAAAAGUAGAUAG